CAGCUGGAAUCAGGACUCAGGAGACUUCCCCCUCUCCUCCCUUCCCUUUCCAUGGCCCUCUAUAUAAAGGCCGCGAAACCAAGAGGCUUUCACCACACAACCAAAUCAAUUUAGAGAAAGAGAGACCAGAUCUCGCCGGAGGCCAAGUCGAGAGAAAGAGAGAGGGCAAGGGAAAAAGAGAGGAAAGGCAAAUUUUGUUGUUUGUUUUUUUUCGGGGUGGUUCAUUCAUACUCGAAAAAACAGAACAAUGGGAGGUUGGGCUAUUGCAGUGCACGGUGGCGCUGGGGUGGACCCAAAUCUCCCUCUUCAGCGACAGGAAGAGGCCAAGCGCCUCCUCACUCGCUGCCUCAAUCUCGGCAUCUCUGCUCUCCGCUCUAAUCUCCCCGCCAUUGACGUUGUCGAACUCGUUGUUCGGGAGUUGGAAAGCGAUCCCCUGUUCAAUUCCGGCCGCGGUUCUGCCCUCACAGAGAAAGGCACGGUGGAGAUGGAGGCCAGCAUCAUGGACGGCACCAAGCGGAGAUGCGGCGCCGUUUCCGGCGUUACCACCGUAAAGAACCCAGUCUCACUAGCCCGCCUCGUCAUGGAAAAAUCCCCUCAUUCUUACCUCGCCUUCUCCGGCGCCGAGGACUUCGCCAGGCAACAGGGAGUCGAAAUGGUGGAGAAUGACUACUUCAUCACGGAGGAAAACGUCGGAAUGUUGAAACUGGCCAAGGAAGCCAACUCCAUCUUGUUCGACUACAGGAUCCCGCUGCCAGGGACCUGCGCUGCAGGGGCAGCAGCCACCAACACCCCAAUCCGCAUGAACGGCCUGCCGAUCAGCGUCUACGCACCGGAGACCGUGGGCUGCACGGUGGUGGACAGACAGGGCCGAUGCGCCGCCGCCACGUCGACAGGCGGGCUGAUGAACAAGAAGAUCGGCCGGAUCGGAGACUCGCCGCUGAUCGGCUCGGGCACCUACGCGGGGAAGCUCUGCGGCGUGUCGUGCACGGGGGAAGGCGAGGCCAUCAUCCGCGCCACCCUCGCGCGCGACGUGGCGGCGGUGAUGGAGUACAAGGGGCUCGGCCUCCAAGCCGCCGUCGACUUCGUGAUCAAGGAGCGGCUCGACGACGGGAAAGCCGGGCUGAUCGCGGUUUCGAGCAAGGGGGAAGUGGCGUGCGGGUUCAAUGCGAACGGGAUGUUCAGAGGGUGCGCCACUGAAGAUGGGUUCAUGGAAGUUGGGAUCUGGUAAAAUGAAAAAUCAGAACUUUAGAACGAAAAGAUGGAAUCUUUAGGGGGUUUUGAUGGAUGGGUCUCUUUCUAUGUAGUUCUAAAUCAGUUUAGCCUCUGUCUGUAUGUGUCGCCUUUGAUGAUCUGAAGCGGGCGCCAUAGCUAGCUUUGUUGACUAUGUGGUGGGGGUGGGAGUUCUCUGUUUCUAUUGUGCUUUGGUUGGAUUGUAGUUUUCUUAAUUGGUUUCCCCGAUUAAUGGUGUAUUUCUACCGUAAACAUUAUUAUGUUUACUAAUGUUAAUAUUAAGGUGGCGGUGCAGCCUCAUUUAUCUCUGUUGUUGUAAGAGCUUGAUGGUCACAAUUAGUGAAGAACUAGAGAUAAUCCUUCUCAUUUAUGAUGUACAUAGUGGUUCAUAUAUUUUAUAAAAAAAUC